GUCAGUUGACUAAAUAAAAAUGUGGUCGUGAGGGGUUGUAAGCGGAGUGAGCAGGGCGCCGGCGCCGCGCGAGUUGCCGUCGCUUAAGGCAGUUCGCGGCCAGACUCGCUGGCGCCAGCACGAGCGGAGUCUGCGGCGAGCGACGUCGCUCGAUGAGAUACGAUUCCGCCUGCCGAUGUGGCCUGUGCAGCGCGCGACUAGCACGUGUCGCCUCCGCCUCCGCCACAGUCGCCGAGUGUCGCGUUCCAGCUAAUUCAGGUGCGCCGAGCGACCAUGAGUGACAGUGAACUUUACGUGACUACUUGAAAGUGUCUGUGGUGCGAACUUACAAUGCCAACUAUGUUUUACUUACGCAACGUUGGUAUGGACAUUUGUCACGCUCAACCAAGAAGUAACAAGUUUCAAUUACGCCAACUUCAGUGCCACCUUGUUUUUAAUCCCGCUUAAGUGAACACUUUUCAGUGUACGAAAUGGCUCCUUUGUUUAGGGAAUGUUUAGUAAUAAUUUUUAUAAUAUCGUGGCAAGUGAAUAACUUAAUAUCGGCCUGUUCGAAAGUAUGUGAAUGUAGUAACUCAAUGUGUGAAAUGUGUACCUUCAACGUGACUCUGAAGGACGAGGUAAAUAAUCAUCACUUGGAAGUUUGCUGCCAAAAAGAUUUAACGCUGUUUAAUUGGAUACAAAACAGUUCAAACAAAACUCUUACGGAAAUCGUUAUAGAAUACAAGAGAACCUGUAAUACGAGUAGAAUCGACGUCGACUUUCCCUAUUUAGAUACUUACUCCAUUAUAAUGAGGAACAAUAGCAUAACGAAGUUACGAAUUAACGUAAAGUUUACCAACGUUCGCGAAAUCGACUUAUCCUUUAACAAACUGCAAUUUAUAAACAACGGACUGUUUAAUAAUUUCACAAACCUUCGGAAGUUAAUUUUAAAUAGAAAUCACAUUUCAAAGAUUUAUGAAAACACUUUUUUUGGGCUCACAAAAUUAGAGACCUUGGAUUUGUCGGAAAACAAUUUAACAGUACUGACGAACGUUUUUAUGCCCUUAAAGAAUCUUCAACAUCUCAAUUUGAGCCGCAACAAUAUAGAAUUCAUACACAACAAUUACUUCAACAAUUGGUUGCUUCAGCAUUUGGAUAUAUCGCACAAUAAUCUAAGGAAAGUAUCGCCGGGCGCUUUACAGCAAUUACCUAAUCUGGCGCGGCUGCUCCUUACAGAUAACCCGCAUUUAGGAAUUACACAGUUGGAUACACAAUUGCUGGUCGGUACCGGCCGCAGACUACAACAAAUCGAUGCAUCGAGGACCGGCCUUUGCCAAGUCCCUGAAGCGUUCACCCACUCUGUGCGCUUUCUAUCCCUCGUUGGAAAUAGAAUAACAUCAAUAAGGUGUGGCGAUUUAGAUAGUUAUCCAUUAUUGCAAUCGUUGGACUUUUGUGAUAACAAAAUCGCCACAAUCGAAGACGACUCUUUGGGUAGAUUAGAAAUGCUACUAUUUUUAAAUAUUAAUAAGAACCUGCUUACCAAGGUGCCAAGGUCACUGCCCGAUGGUUUGAAAUAUCUAUCUAUUAACGAAAAUUCGAUCAAAAACAUUACCACGCCAGAUUUUAAAGAAUUACCAAACCUUCGAAUCCUAUUGCUAAAAAGUAACCAGAUCCAAUACAUUCAAGAGCGUGUCUUUGACGAUUUGUUAUCUCUAGAAAUGCUCGAUAUAUCUCAUAACCCAAUAAAGUUCUUGUCGCCGAGCACUUUUGACGGCCCGUUAUCACUUCGAGACUUGAGGCUUUGUCACUUAAACAUGUCUCUGCCGGAAAAGGAGGGCUCAUUUCCUCUAUCUUCACCCGAGAGCGUCCAAAUGUUGCACCUCCAAUCUAGCCCUGGCUUAGCGAAGCAAUUGUUAUCCGACUCGGCGGCUUUAGCAGCCUUUUCGCAUUUGCAGUAUUUAGACUUAAGGAUGAACAACCUUACUGAAAUACGAAAUGACUUAUUAUUCUAUUUAAGCCAGUUAAAAACUUUAAGACUACAUGGAAAUAGUAUUAACUGUAGUGCAGAAUUAUGGCUAUCUGAUUGGUUGAACUCGAACAAAAGUUUUCCACAUGGUGAGACGUGUUACUUUUCAUCAUUAGAGGCUAAGUCAGAAAUAUCUAAGUACAACUGUACAUUCCCAGAGACGUUCACUAUUAGUGAGAGCCUUCCACCAGUAAAUUUGUAUAGUACAGAAAUGAUAAACAAAUUACUUAGAUAUUACGGAUAUCUGAAUAAUAAAACUGAGAGAGUUAAACAUAAUAACAGUACUAAGACUAAAAAUGACUCUGAUGCUGUUCUGAUUAAUAAAACCAAUAUAGAAAACAGAAAUAUUCAGACAUCAUUGAAAGAAGAACUGGAGAGCAUAGUUACUAGAAAUGAAAAUAAAAUAACUUCUAAUGAUUAUUUGAAUGAAACGACGUAUGUAAAAAAUAGGGAGUCAUCCAAAGUUUUGGAUCAAAAUAAAAUUCAGAAUGAUAAAUUGAAUAUUGAUCAUAGAUUUUUAGAUAUCGAACCCUAUAUUGCAACCACCAGUUUGCCUAAAAAAGAUGACGACACGAGGGAAGUUCGUAUGGAAAAACCUUCGGGUAGACGAUUAAACACGCCGGUUUCUACAAAGGAAUCUAAACCAAUUAUUUGGACGACUGAAUAUCAAAUCAUUCGAUAUCCUGCACCAACUGAAGCGUACACCGUAAACCCUAACGUUAGAUUGGAAUAUUCAUCGUUUAAAGCUGCACACACUAGCUAUGCCCAAUACAUAGGAAUGAUUGCGGUUAUAACUCUAAUGCUGAUCUCAUUGAUUCUUUGGGCCAGUUUUCGUUUGAGAUAUAAAAGAAGACAAGUUCGAGCUUUGAAUAUAGAUAUGGAGGACCAAAUAGAAGUGUCGAAUAUAUCCGGAGGGAUAUUAUGGUGACAUCUCCGAGCAGCCGAUCCAACGCCUUUUGAAUACGAUUCCCUUUUAACGUAGCAAUCAUUGUGAGGCGGUCGGCUGCUGGAGCGAGGAAGUGUUUGUGAUAUGAUAUUAUUACAUCUGAACGUACAUAUUUUUUUAUGAAAUAAGUACAAAUAGAGAUACUAUAAGCGACUUAGAUUUACUUUUUACCAUUGUAAAUAAUGUAAACACGUUUAACUGAUAUGCCGUAGUUUGUAUUAUAGUCUUUACUAAUUUAAGAUCAUCAUUUUGUAAAAUACUUACGUAAAUAUUUUUCUUUUAUUGUAAAUAUUAAUUACUAAAAAUAUUGUGUAUAGAUUGAUAACUAAGCAUUUCAAAGUACGUCCUCUAAACAAUUUUUUUUUUGUCCUAACUGAAGAAAUUGUAUUAAUAAAUUGAUGAGAAUGGAAGAAGCAAAAAAGACUUGCAAGGUAAUAUAACUAAAUUUGGAAAGACGUGGUUUCUACCUCUACGGGAAUGAAGUGAAUAUAUAUAUAUGUAUUGAUUAUAUGUAUAUUAAGCAUUCAUCCUUAGCAGGAAAUACGCCAAAAAUACUAAUCAAAUUUCAUCAAAAUGAAUGGUUUAGGAGGAUAAACAUUCAAACAUCCAUUAAAUUAAUUAGAUUUACAUCAACAAUAA